UGUGGAAUAAGUGACAUGGCAUGUACAGCUGACAGCAGGGCACUACCUUCUGGACUUUACUGCCUUUAUCAGAGCUCAGCAACCCAUUUAAAUACAGUGCUGAUACCUUCUCAACACUUACACACAGAACAGGACAAGAGAAAGAGUCUACACAUAAUAAUGAAGGGCCUUGUAGUGUUUGUCAUUGCAGUUUUCACUGGUUGUCAUGCCAGUAUGUUGUGGCAGGAUGAGUCAGUGCCCAGUAUGGAUCUGGUGAAAAACGCUUUCUGGAACUACGUGUCUCAGGCAACCCUCACAGCUGAGGACACCCUGCAGAUGAUCCGAAACUCAGAACUGGGUCAAGAAAUCAAUGACAGGAUCUCUCAAAGUGCAGAUGCCAUCAACAAAUACACCCUGGCCAUUCAAAGUCAAGUAACUCCUCUGACUCAAACCCUGAUGGCCAAACUUUCCCAAGAGGCAGAUCAGCUGAAACUGCGUCUGGAACAGGAAAUUACAUCUGUGCAGUCCCAGCUCAAGCCUUACUUUGAGGAGAUCAGAGGUGAUAUUGAGGAGCAGGUUGAGCGGCUGAAGAAGGAUGCGGCCCCAUAUGCAGAGGCCCUGAACUCUGAGGCCCUGAGAUCUACUCUGGUCCAGGGGGCCGAGGAGCUGAAGGCCAAGCUGGAGAGAAGUUUGAUGGAGAUGGGUCCUCAAGCCGAGGAGCUGAAGCAGAAACUGGACCAGCACUUUUUGGACUUUCAGAUGAGCAUGUCACCAUUAGCCCAAACCUUUCAGAGUCAGAUGGCCCAGAGAAGUCAGGAGCUUCAGAAGAAUCUGGCUCCCUAUUCAGAGGAGCUCAGCAAACUGGAUCCAUACGCCCAGGACCUGAAGGCCCAGUUAACAGCUCUCUGGGAGUCCUUUGCCAAGAACAAAGCCACAAAGUCACAUAAGGGCUAUCAACAUGACUGUGAUCUAAGUCAUAUAAAUACCAGCUGCUUUCCAAACUCCCAUUACAGAACACAUUGGAAAAUCUGUCUGGUGUACUGUCCAAAAACAACCAUGAAGUUUGUGGCUGUAAUCUUUGCUCUCGCUGUUAUUUCAGGCUGCCAGGGGCGCUUCCUGUUUCAGGAUGAGCCAAAAAGCCGCUGGGAAGAGGCAGUGGAUCAGUUCUGGAACCAUGUGUCCGAGCUGACCUCUAAGGCUGAGGAGAUGAGGGACAACAUCAAGGCCACCCAGCUCGGCAGAGAAUUAGACACACUGAUCAGUGACACCAUGAUGGAGCUGCAAAUCUACAAAGAUGACUUGAAUUCCAAACUGGGCCCUUAUGCACAGGAGACUGCCAAGAGAUUCAAUGAAGACGCUCAGCUGCUGGCGAAUAAGCUCCGCACACAUAUGGAGGAUGCUACGGAUCGUGUAAAUGAAUACACAGAGGAGCUCCGAACCAUUGUGGAACAGAACGCUGAUGAGGUCAAGAACAAGGUCAACAACUAUGCCAAGAAACUAAGGAAACGUUUUAACAAGGACAUCCAAGAGAUCAACAAGAAAAUGUCAACAUACUUUGAGGAGGUUCACUCUCGUGCUACUCAGGGUAUGGAUGAUGUGAAGGAUCGUCUCGAGCCUUACUUUACCUCAGUGCAUGAGCGUGCUGGUGAGAAGCUGACAACUCUGGGAGACCUGCUGAGAAGCCAGGGAGAAGGAAUAAAAGAGAAACUGGAAUCACAAAUGCAGGACCUCAAAGAGAAAGUUGAGAAGAGCACAGAAAACAUGCGUAACACAAUCCAGGAAAAGGCAGAGGAGAUAAAAAAUUGGUUUAAUCCCUAUGUGUCUCAGGUCCAGAAGCAACUGGAGACAGUCAUGGAGGGCUUGUAAUACCAUAAGAAUGAGGUCUCAUAGGAAAAUUAAUAGAUUAACUUUUUCACUAAACGUUGCUUACAAAAAUGAAAGUAAUGGAAAUGUCAAAAUAAUGAGUGAAAUAUACCAUUAGUACUACAUGGAUAUAACAACAGAUGUAAGCUAUGUAAUAUAAAGCUCAAUAAAACCAGCAUGUACCAAUGAG